AUGGCUGAUGAGCGAUCACUCUCCUGCGAUUCGACGUCGUUGUCGAGUUCACAUCAACCUAUAACUGCCACGCCAAAGACACCAAUGGAUCACGACUCGGACGACGGCUAUGAGGACCCCAGGACCAUGGAGUACUCUGAGGAGGAAGAGCUAGACGAGGACAAGCACAAGUCCGGGUCUACCCCUACACCAGACGCAAAUGGCGAUGACGAGCUGGCCAUGCAGGAGGGUAUGCUGCCCAGAGAUCUACCAAAGCGCACGGCGUUCUACGACCCGGUCGCAGAGCGCCAGAUGACGCAGACCGAUGCCAAGCUGUUCUACCAGCGGAGUCAGCUCGACUUGAACAAGCUCGCAAGUGCCCUGCCGCAGGCCAGCCCUCCAGGAAGCCCCGUCGCCUCGUCUAGGGGAGGGCAUGAGGGUAGCUCAUAUGGCCAAUUGCCGCCUGCAUAUGAUCUAGACCCGAGCGCUCGCGUGUCUUCAUUUGCGCAGCGAUUCCCAGAGCACUACGGCCAACUGGCCUACGAGCACGGUUCUGAGCUGAAUAAGAGGGACAGUAGUCACUUUGCACCCGAGGCGGCGCGCCCUCAACCCGGCCUGCCGUCGCGAUCGGGUACUCUGCCCGUCGACACGGCUGCUGGGCUCGCGGAUCCCGCUGCCCAGGCUCAAUACAUGACCAUUGCUGCGCCGACUGGCAUUGGCAGUAGCGAGUACCUUGAUGCCGAUCCUCAGAUCACCUCGGAGCUUGGCAAUAUUUUCAAGAAUGUGCAAAAGAUCCUAGAUAUUCGACACAAGUACAUUAGACUGUCCCUCCAGGGACCGACUGAUAACCCUAAAGAUGACCCAAGCUGGAGCAUCUACCCGCCUCCUCCUGAACCGGCUUGGGUCGCGGAACACGAGACGCUCAUGCACGGGACCCGAGCCCAAAACAGCGUCACCAAUAGCUUGGCUAACAGCACUGUCCUGCCGGAGCAGAAUGCCCAUCCAUCACCUGACCACAAGGGUGAUCGGCCGCCGCUCGAGCCCGAGCUCAACAAGGCGCCAAAGCAGAGGCGCAAGCCGGGUGAAGACAUAGGCUCUGACUUUGACAUGGAAGAUCUCCUCCCUCUUCCUGGACCAAGCGAGAUGUCAUACAAUCAGGACAAGACUGGCGUGUACCAGGUCUAUGAGAAUGAAAGAGAGGGAUGCCCGCCCGUCAUCACAGUGCCCACGCUCAAGGAGUUCUACAUGGAUCUCGAGGCCAUUACCUCUGUCUGUGCGGAUGGUCCAAGCAAGAGCUUUGCGUACCGCCGCCUCCAAUAUCUCGAGGGCAAGUUCAAUUUGUACACUCUCUUGAACGAGUACCAGGAGACCGCCGAGAGCAAGAAGGUGCCCCAUCGAGACUUCUACAAUGUGCGAAAAGUGGACACUCACGUUCACCACUCGGCCUGCAUGAACCAGAAGCACUUGCUGCGCUUCAUCAAGAGCAAGAUGAAGAAAUGCCCGGACGAGACUGUGCUUUAUCGAGAUGACAAGCACCUGACACUUGCCGAAGUAUUUGAAAGUAUCAACCUGACGGCAUACGACUUGAGUAUCGAUACACUGGAUAUGCAUGCGCACACCGACUCUUUCCACCGCUUCGACAAGUUCAACCUCAAGUACAAUCCCAUCGGAGAGUCCCGACUGAGGACCAUCUUCUUGAAGACGGACAAUCUCAUCCAGGGUCGGUAUCUCGCUGAGAUCACAAAGGAAGUCAUCUCGGAUCUAGAGUCGAGUAAGUAUCAGAUGGUGGAGUGGCGGAUCUCGAUCUAUGGAAAGUCACUGGACGAGUGGGACAAGCUCGCCGCCUGGGUAGUCGACAACAAGCUGUUCUCCCACAACGUGCGGUGGCUCAUUCAAAUCCCACGACUAUUUGAUGUGUACAAGGCUAGUGGCCUCAUGGACACAUUCGAACAGGUCGUCAAGAACAUCUUCCAGCCUCUAUUCGAGGUAACAAAGGACCCUUCCAGCCACCCAAAGCUCCAUGUGUUCCUGCAGAGGGUCAUUGGGUUCGACAGCGUGGAUGACGAGAGCAAGGUGGAAAGACGCCUUUUCAAGAAGUAUCCGGUGCCAAGCGCGUGGGAUUCAAAGCAGAAUCCUCCCUACAGCUACUGGCAAUACUACCUCUUCGCGAACAUGGUUACGCUCAACUUCUGGCGCAAACAGCGCAACUUCAAUACCUUUGUGCUCAGACCGCACUGUGGAGAGGCGGGCGAUAGCGAGCAUCUGGCUGUGGCAGCCAUGUGCUGCCACAGUAUCAGCCACGGCCUACUCCUUCGCAAAGUGCCGCUUCUGCAGUAUGUGUUCUACCUGGAGCAGAUCGGCAUCGCCAUGUCGCCGCUGAGCAACAACGCCCUGUUCCUGGCGUACGAGCGCAACCCCUUCCACCAGUACUUCAAGCGCGGCCUCAACGUCUCGCUCUCGACCGACGACCCGCUGCAGUUCGCCUUUACCAAGGAGCCGCUCAUAGAAGAGUACGCGGUGGCAGCGCAGAUCUACAAGCUGGGGUCGGUGGAUAUGUGCGAGCUGGCCAAGAACUCGGUCAAGCAGAGUGGCUACGAGUUCUCCGUCAAGCAGCAGUGGCUGGGGCCCACCUUCCACCUCCCCGGUGCGAGCGGCAAUCUUAUGGUGAAGACCAACGUGCCUGACAGGAGGGAGAACUUCAGGUACCAGACGCUCAUGGAGGAGCGACAGAUGGUCGAACGUUACACCAAUGAAGGUAGACCACACUCGGUUGCGGCCACGGCUGCGCCAGAGAGCGCCAAGAUACUGCCCAUGUCUCCCGCGUUGUCAGUCAAGACGGGCGCCACUGCGAGCUAUAGUGCUCUUCCGCAGGCAGCUGCCCGCCUGCCCGCCUCGCAGCAGCAGCAGUCGCAGGAAGCGACAACUACGAGCAACAAUAGCCCGUACAUGGGGCCCGUCUCCACGACCACGUCGUCGCAGAUACUGCCGGGCGCCAGCGUGGUGGCCUCUCCGCUUUCGAGUGGCGUGGUCAACAACAACAACCCUAGCAGAGAGGGCUCGUCUACCUGGCCGCAGCUGGACGGCAGCAACACGCACCUGUCCGGAGACGAGCCGCGGUACUUCCCGGGCGUGGUGAGCAGGACGCAGAGGAGGCAGAGCUCGCUGCACGAGUCUGACGAGGGGGCUGGCCGUCCAGGCGGGUUGAGGAAGACGACGACGAGGGAUACGGUCAUCUCGGGUAGGGACUCGGAUGCGUAG